AAGAAACAGUAUUUUAUUCACAUUGUGACAGCAAGCUUUGGUUUUUACAAGGUUGGUAAUACGAAGUGACAGAAGACGGACGGAGUGAACGGCAGGCUCCAAUCAAAAUUAGUCACGUCUUUUAAAAAUCAAAAUGGAGCUGUGCAGAGAGGCAGGAAUGAGUGCCGGAGUAGUAUUACUGGUGUUUUGUUUCUUUUUACACGUUAAUAUUAUAUCGGGUCGUGCUAGUCAGUAUGUGACUUGUGGCUCCGUAAUAAAGCUGAUGAACGUGGAUUUUAAAGUUCGUUUACAUUCCCAUGACGUGAAAUAUGGCACAGGAAGUGGACAGCAAUCCGUAACAGGCACAGAAGUGCAAGAGGACGUGAACUCUCAUUGGACAAUAAAAGGAACGACGGGAAAACAUUGUAUCAGAGGUGAACCAGUGAAGUGUGGUGAUAUAAUAAGAUUAACACAUUUGGCAACUCUGAAAAAUCUGCAUUCACAUCAUUUCGCCUCGCCUCUGUCAGGUGACCAGGAAAUCUCAGCAUAUGGAGAUGAUAAUGGUGUUGGAGAUUCAGGUGACCACUGGAUGGUGUUGUGCGAGGGUGAAUUUUGGGAACGUGAUGAAGCUAUAAUGUUGAAACAUGUUGAUACGGAAGUCUAUUUAUCUGCAACUGGUCGGACAUAUGGACGCCCAAUUAAUGGCCAAGCAGAGAUUGUUGGGGUUCCGACACCUGCUGUGGGGCAUGUACACUGGAAAGCUAUGGAAGGAUUAUUUAUUCACCCAUCUGAUUUCAAUCCAAAAUCUCAGCAUACACACACUCAUCAUACAGAACUGUGAAAGUUGAUGCACUGUUACUGCCAAACAGUUGAUCAGCAUAAUCAUGCAUUCAUUUUGUAGUAACAAAUUCUUUUAUUUAAUUAUUUUAUUGGAUUCUGUUCGUGAGAAUGCAGUAAAUGUACCUGAGGAAAAAUCAUUUUCUCACAUAUAUUGUAAUUAUGUGUAAGUUAUAUUUUUAUGCUUGCCUGUCAGUGAGUUUGUUUUGUGUUUUUGAAAUCAAAGCCUAUAUUAAUUUUAUAUCAAAAGAUAAAACAUAUCUCUAGGUUGCUCUUCUGAGCAUAUAAGUUUGUGAUAUAUUUUAAAGCCUCUUGAAUUAUAUUGUUACAAUAGAAUACAUGAAGACUUCAAAUUUUGUACUGGAGCAAGGUAUCGUAAACUUUAGUUUCAUUCACUUUACAGGAAAGAAAAAGCAAGCACAAAACAAAUUGAUGUACUAAGGAUGAAAACAGUGUCCCCAUCAUGUGUUAUGGAAACACACAUUCUGUCAUCUUAUCACAAGAUGUGUAUGUAACAUAGAAACAUUUUAAGGAAAGGAUGCCUGUAAAUAAAUAGAUGAAACUUAUUAAAUGUAUUACAUGUGUCAGAGUGAGUUUGAAAGAGAAACUGUUUCAUCCUGUGAGGUAAUGCAAGUAUAUAUUGCUGUGACUGUUAUACUCUGCCAUUGUAACACAUUGAGAAAAUCAUGAACAUUUGAGACAGGAGAUUGAUUAAAUGUCCAGAUGAAUACAGUGACAAAAUAUUCAUCAAAUAGUCAUCUGAUUCUGCUAUGUUCUGGGAUAGAUACAGUUGGUGUAUGACAAUGCUACUGAUACUGGUGCCAUGAGCGCUUGUAUUUCCGUUUUAUUUUUCUUUGUUAUUUAUAUUUUUCCACAGAUUGCUUUAUAUAUCCUGUCAUAACAAUAAUUUUGGUUGAUAUUGAUGCAAAUUGCAGCUCUCGCUUAUUUGUGAAAUGCAAGUAAAAACCCUAGCAAAAGCAGGGAAGGAAAUUACUGGAAGAAAGACAGUAAGGCAGCAUAUUAAGAGUAGGUGGAGAGGUUGGUUAGUGUGACAUAUUGAGAAGACGGGUGCAAUCAAGAUAGAAAGCAGAAAGGACAGUGCUUGUGAUAUACGAUUUCCAAGUGUGAGUUGUGUGAUGUAACUGUGACAUGGUCAUGGGCUCAAUAUCUUAUCUUGUGAGGCUGUAUUAUAUGCAAUAACUGAACAUAAAUACAAAAUAUGUAUCACUGUUUCAAA